GUGCGUUUGCCUUUCCCUUGUGGCUCAUUUCAGGAGCCGGUCCCGUAUGAGCACCAUGGCUGGUUACCAAGUGGAGGAGCGAGGCGCCCUAAACAGCCUGGACUAUAGGCUCUUCUUCAAAAAUGAUCAAGGACAGUACAUCUCUCCUUUCCAUGACAUUCCAAUAUAUGCAGAUGCUGCCAAGCACAUCUUCAACAUGGUUGUGGAAAUACCUCGAUGGACCAAUGCUAAGAUGGAGAUUGCAACUAAGGAUCCUCUCAAUCCAAUUAAACAAGAUGUGAAGAAAGGAAAGCUACGUUACGUUGCUAAUGUAUUUCCCCAUAAGGGAUAUAUCUGGAACUACGGCGCUAUUCCACAGACAUGGGAAGAUCCAAUGCAUAAAGACAAAAAUACCAACUGUUGUGGAGACAAUGAUCCAAUCGACGUUUGUGAAAUUGGAGACAAGGUGUGCAACAGAGGCGACAUAAUUCAGGUGAAAGUUCUGGGCACGCUGGCAUUGAUUGAUGAAGGUGAAACGGACUGGAAGAUCAUUGCAAUCAAUAUUAAUGAUCCUGAAGCUGCUAAUAUGAAUAAUAUUGAUGAUGUCAGAAGAAUUAAGCCUGGAUACCUGGAAGCAACUGUGGACUGGUUUAGACGAUACAAAGUCCCUGAUGGGAAGCCAGAAAACCAGUUCGCAUUCAAUGGAGAAUUUAAAGAUAGGGACUUUGCAAUUGAUACCAUUAAAAGCACUCAUAACCAUUGGAAGGCUCUAAUAAUUAAAAAAACAGAUGCAGGAGAGAUUUGUUGCACAAAUGCAACUUUGACAGAUAGUCCUUUCUGUUGCAGUCAAAAUGCUGCCAUAGCCAUUGUGACAGCGCUACCUCCUUGUGGGACCUGUAAUCCACUACCAGCUGAAGUGGACCGGUGGUUCUUUUGCCAUUGAAAUUCGACCAAAGGACAAAAGUUACAGAAGCUGCUGCCUACUCAUCAAGAUAUUUGUGCAGAACAUUUGUGAAGAACUGGCUAAGAAUCCAAAACAAUAUGUUUAUAAAUAAGUAAUUUAUGACUCCCAGUCCACUGUACACAUUAAAAAAAGAGAGAGAUUAGAUGAUGUAAAACUCCAACUAAAGUCUUUAAAUAUAUAUCGUGAAACUCACAGACACAUUCUGUAUCAAUAUUAUUUUGUCAUUUGCUAGGUUUAUCACAGUGUUUUCCAAUAUAAAAUUUUAGGUUUGGGUUUUUUUUCUCUCUGUCAGACAGGUUUAUUUUAACAUGGUGGGGGAGGAAACCUCACACUGAUUCUGAAUGCUUAGCCACAUUCUCAUUCCUUGAAUGCCAUUUUUAAGUCUUAAGGUACCUUACAAAAUUAACAAACCAUGGAACUGAGAUUAAAUGUAGAACCAGAGAAGGUAAUUUGAGUGGUGUUGCUGCUUAUGGCUGCUUCCAUUCAUUGAUGCAGUCAGUAGAUAAUAAAUUAACAGUGUGCUAGGAUUUAAUGGAAAA